CAUCAAAAUGCAAAAAAGCGGAGCCUCCUUUCUUCGCCUCCAUCGUUCUCUCGGCCUUCUGCAGAAAAAAAGCCCACCAGCAUAACUGGAUUCGCCUAUCAUUCAGCUGCUGUUCAUCUCGCCCCUGCCUGAAACAGUUCUGUUCGUGAUGCUCCAGAACAGGGUGUCUAAAUCAGGUAUCAUCGGCUGUACGGUUUUCAUCCGAUACAUUCCUGAUUGCGUAAUUUGAUUUCCAAUGAUUGCAACGAACUCCAAGUUCCAUUUCCUCUUGUUUCCGGAAAGAGAAGAGUAAUUGAAACCUUGAAUCUGCGAAAUCAAAUGGCUUCAAAGGAUGAUCGGGACAACUUGGCCGAAUCGCUUAAUGACCUACUCACCAAUGUCUCAAAGAUGGUCAAAGGCGAGCUCUAUGAAACAAACAAUCUGCUUGAAUUAUUGGAGAAAAUGAAUACGAAAGUUGCCGAAGAAUAUGAAGGCUUUGGUGAUCUGGCAUCCGGCCUUAGAGUCUUCGUUGAGCAGCUCAAGUCCAAGAGCGGUAGCUUUGAUGAGUAUGUGCAGCAGAUCGAUGCAAUUGAGCGGCAAGUAUCUGAACUUGAAGUUGUCGUAUCUAUGCUUGAUAAGUAUGUUUCUCUGUUGGAAUCAAAAGUAGAGUCUGUUUACCAUGCCCCGUCUUCACAACUACACCUUUGAAUGCAUAUCUUGUUCAUUUAUUUUUAUUUUUCUGAAUACCGUCGCACAAACUCUCCAUGUUUAUAAUUGCUCUUGCUUACUCCUUUCUGUCCCGCUAACUUCUUCCAACCUUUAAUAUAAUUUAUACUAAAGGUUAGUAAAACUCAGCGGGACGGAGUAUAUAAAUAUAUUACGGAGUAUCAU